AUGAUGGCCACGCUUAAGGGAGGUAUGAAAACAAUAGUUAGGAUCUUCAGAAGAGAGUGCCACCGGGUUUUUGAGUCCGAGAGAGUUACUGUCCGGGGAGCUGACGAUAUGCUGCUUGCUCUACAGCUUGCUAUUGCAGAAGUUAACAAAAAGGAACGAGGGGACUUUUCUGUGGCUCUCAGUGAACUUUUGGAAACCUGGAAAUGCUUACUAUUGGACAAGCUCAAAUUGUCCCAGCAUGAUGCCAUGCGUCCAGAUAACUAUGAUCUAGUCCAGAAAGAGUACAACACCUCCAUGAAGCGCUCUAACACGGUGGACCUGAUAGAUGUCUAUAUGAUGUACAGUCAGCUGAGAGGGGAUUCUGACCAAGAGGAACCUCUGACUGCAUUGCAGCUGUUUGAGUUUCUGUCUGGUCACACGGAGACCACUGAGAAGACAGACACUGUAGCUCUGGGCUCUGCAACUCCAUCCAACAAACCUAGAGCCUGCAAAUCACAGGUGCAGAGGGUAGUUAAGAGACUCUUCUGCUCCUACCUGAACCUGCUGGUGAACUCCAACAAUGACAUGGCCGUCACACACACGCUUAACAUCCCUGGUCGUUCACUGGGACAUGCUGCUUUCACUGACCUGAAACAUGCAGCGCAAGCCAACAACACCUCUCUGUUCUUGGCUUUGACCUCGUUCAUUCGGGCUAUUCAGCUUGGUGGGAAAGGCUAUGCACCCCCUGAAUCAGACCCCCUCAGGAAACAUUUGAAGGGUCUGUCUGACUUUGUCCAUUUCUGUGAUCAGCUAGAAGAGAUUGUUGGAGAAAGCACUGACCCCAGCAUGGCAGGUGCCAGGCUGACAUCCUGUGUUCGGACUGCGUUGGUGAAGGGGCGGAGCAGUGGGGACAUGGUGUGUGAGGUAGUAGAGGCCACAGCAGCAGAACUGAGAGAGAGAAUCAGUCAGAUACACAGUUCACUAAAAAACAGCAGCACUGGGACAGGAAUCAGCCCAGCCAGGCCUAGAGCAUAUGCCAUUAACCACGCCACUGCCUAUGGGGGUAGAGAGGUGGUUAAGGUACUUCUGUGUCUUUUGGAUGAGGAGGCAUUGGCACCCCCCUGUAGGAGCAAAGCACAGCUACUCUGUGAAGACCAGAAUGUUCUAAGUGAGACUGAUGGUCCAUGCCUUCUUACACUCUACAGGUCCCCUGAAGCUCCCUCUGGCUGCUCUCCAGAGCCCUUACGGGAACGCGUUUCAACUCAGCAAGAACAUAUCAAGUCCAAGGUGAGGCAGAAAGUGAUCCGUUCCCAGUUUGCAUGCACUUAUCAGGAAGAGGAGACGCUACCCUUGAACCGCAUCUUAGACUUCAGUGGCAGCCAGCUACCAAGCUGCAAGCACCCUGCACCCAAACACGGAGACGACAUUGGCACCACCACCAAGGAACAGCAGUCCACGGGGUCACAGCUCAGGCUCAUAGUGGAGGCGAGCGAGGAAGCAAUGGCAUUGAAUUGUGGGGGAGAGCGCCACAGAUCUGUGCUGGAGCAGCAGAGUGGUAACAGGCUGAAGAUGGGGGCGAGAGGGGAGGCAAAGACAGCCACACAUUCACAAAGAGGAACCAAGACCUCUAAAAGCUGUAAGAGGAAACAGUCAAACAGAGAUGCUCUUGAACAGAUUGGUGAGGAGAACCAGCCCCCCCAGAAGAGACCCCCUGCCAAAGCUACCUGUGGAGCCAUGAGCAAGAGAAACCACAAAGCUCCAAACAAGAAGCUUAUUCCUGGCCAAUGCAAACUGACAAGCUUUUUCAGACUCUAA